GUUUCCCCUCCCCACUCCGGCGGAUACUCACAGCCGCAGCAGACAUGUGUUAUUUAUCUCUCAGAUGUGGGAGAAGCAAGUUGAAUUUUGAAAAUUAACAAAGCGCGUCGUUUUUUUUGUUUUUUAUUUUUUUUUACCUCCUUUUUGUUUUACUUCCUAGUAGUAUGGCGAGUCCGCCGGGCGACGCCGGACCUCCGCUACUAUCUACCGGCGUGAAGAAGUGUGGCUACCUGAAGAAACACAAACAUGGACACAAGCGCUUCUUCGUGCUGAGGGAGCCCGGCGACGGCUGCCCUGCCCGGCUGGAGUACUACGAGAGCGAGAAGAAAUGGAGGAACAAGUCUGCCGCCAAAAGGGUGAUCCCGCUGGACUGCUGUUUGAACGUCAACAAGCGAGCGGACGCCAAACACAAACAUCUCAUCGCGCUUUACACCAAGGAUGAGUACUUCGCGGUGGCGGCGGAGAGCGACGCCGAGCAGGAGGACUGGUACCGGGUGUUGACGGAUCUAAUAUCGGAGGGGAGAGUGUGCGACGGCUCGGCGUGCAGCUCCGCGUCCUCGCUGGUGGGCUUCGACGAAACGAGCUACGGCGUCAUCACGCCGGUGAGCGCCGCCUAUAAGGAGGUCUGGCAAGUCAACAUGAAGUCCAAGGGCUUGGGGCAAAGCAGGAAUUUAACCGGCGUGUACAGACUCUGCCUUUCCAGUCGGACUAUCAGUUUUGUCAAGAUCAACACAGAAGUGGCCUCGGUCGUUUUGCAUCUGAUGAACAUCCGGAGGUGCGGCCAUUCGGAUAGCUUCUUCUUCAUAGAGGUGGGUCGCUCGGCAGCCACUGGACCGGGCGAGCUCUGGAUGCAAGCCGACGACUCUGUGGUGGCGCAGAACAUCCACGAGACCAUCCUUGAAGCCAUGAAAGCCAUGAAGGAGUUGUCAGAGUUCCGCCCCCGCAGCAAAAGCCAGUCUUCAGGCACCAAUCCAAUCUCCGUGCCCACCAGGAGGAACUUGCACAACCUCCCACCGAGUCAGACCGGCCUCCUCAGGAGGUCACGCACGGACAGCAUGGCUACAACGUCGCCCGUUGGUAAAUUCUCCUCCUGUCGAAUACGCACGGCCAGCGAGGGCGAUGGCACCAUGACACGCCCCAUGUCGAUGAUGGGGAGCCCCCUCAGCCCGGGGGUCCACCGCACCCUCCUGAGCAGGUCUCACACCAUCACCGCACGCCCUUGUCGGACAUUUGAAUCCUCCUCCCUCCAGCACAGUAAGUCCAUGUCCAUGCCUCUGUCUCAUUCCCCGCCCACGGCCGCCCCGAGUCUCGUAAGCCUGUCCUCAUGUCCAGAUAGUUGCGCUCCUCGUCCCUCAAGUUGCAGUGCUUCCUUCUCGGGCUCCCCCAGUGAUGCUGGGUUUAUAUCGUGUGAGGAGUAUGGCUCCAGCCCCACUGAUGCACGGGACCUUCGGCUGCCUCUCACAUUUGGUAGCAACACCCCUGAGUCUCUAAAAGCGGACACUCCUCCUUCGCGGAGCAGCAGUGGGCUUGAAGGAUACAUGGUAAUGGAGCAAAACAGCGGCUAUCGGUGGUUACCAGAGCGGGACAAGUCUUACAGAAAACGCACGUACUCCCUUACCACUCCACGCCAGCAAAGGUGUCUCCCCCAAGUGUCUUCAGCCUCCCUUGAUGAGUACACACUAAUGAGGGCCACGUAUACAAGUGGAAGCCAGUGUUCUCGCAGGUGUUCCCCUAAAGGAAGCUUCCCUGACGAGUACAGGGAUGUCCAGAUGAGUGACAGCAGUGGUUACAUGCCUAUGAUGCCUGGCGGUGCGCCCAAAACGUCAGGAGCUAAGACUGACCCUUACAUGCCCAUGAGCCCCAUGUGUGUGUCUGCUCCUAAACAAAUCAUCAACCCCCGGACGCACUCUUCCUUGGCAGGGCUGGCCCCAAAUGCGAUCUCCCCGGGCAGUGUUUCCCUGGAGGAUAGCGGCUACAUGCGCAUGUGGUGUGGCAUCAAAAUGUCAGUGGAGAGCACUGAUGGAAAGCUAGCAAAUGGCGAAUACCUGAACAUGUCUCCUGUGGACCCUUUGUUGUCACUCCCAACCAGAGACAACACCCUCAGUAAUUCUGGAGGUGAACCCCACCCCAAGCACCAGCACAGACAGCCUUACACUUACAGCACCCUCCCGCAUUCACUUAAAGGCCAAUUGCAACGCAACUGUUCCGUUGACACUGACCAGUAUGUAGUGAUGUGUUUACAGAGACAGAGGAUAGAGGAGGAGUCCAGCUACUGUCCUGUCUCUCCAGGAGACUCUGUGGCGUCACCGGGCGGCACCCCUUCAUCUGCUCCCCCUCCCCUUAGAUUGGCUCGAAGUGACGGAGGCCUGGCGCACAGGGGUAGGGCGUGUCGGCCCACCCGCUUGGCUCUGGAUUCCCUCAGAACCUUACCAUGUAUGAGUGAACACCCGCUCCCCUCUGAGCCACGCAGCCCCGGGGAGUAUAUCAACAUCGACUUCAGCAGUCCUUCCAGUGACGUGGUGGCAUCCACUGAGGGCGCCAACAGGGGAUCACCAUCGCUUUCGGACUAUGUUAACGUGGAGCUUGCCUCACCAAAAACUGUGGACUCCCCAGCUGUGCAUGACAUGCAGGAAGAGGAAGGAAAAAGGGCAGAGGUAAGGGGAGUGGUGGAUGAAUAUCCCCUCCAGCAUCACAAGAUUCAAGUCAAGGAUGACUACACUGAGAUGACUUUCGGUCCUCUGUGCGCCACGGAUCCCGCCCCCCUCCCUUCCAGCCCCACCGCCUGCGUCCAAAGACUGAGCCUUGACAGCAGCCUUGUGAUAGACAGGGUAACACCCGCGCCAGUGGACUCGUUUCUCCUCCCUUCAAUGUCUGUCACCCUUGCAGACCCCCACAGGGGUGCAAAAGUAAUCCGGGCUGACCCUCAGGGACGCCGGCGACACAGCUCAGAGACCUUUUCCUCCACCACCACUGUCACACCUGUGUGCCCAUCCUUUGCCCACGACACCAAGCGCCACAGCUCAGCCUCAGUGGAGAACGUGUCUCGUGGCGUGAGGAGCACCGAGGAACAAGACGAGGAGUACGUGAGCAGCAGCAUGUGCAGGGAGACGUCUGCGGGCUAUCAGAACGGACUCAACUACAUUGCCUUAAACUUGAUGGAGGGUACCCUCGGAGGGUGCAGGUUAGGGGGCUGCGACGGACUCCUGAGAUUCAAGCCGGCCUGCGGCUGCAAGGGCAGCAUGAACGGCUUCAACUCCAGCCCUUAUGCCAGCAUGGGCUUUAAGGAGACUACUGCCGCCGCCGUGAAAGAAUGAAGGGCACUGACCCCGCCCCCUUUUCCUCCCUGACUCUCCUCCUGGUCGUCGGGUUGGGCCGCCACAGCCAAGUGACGAUGUCGCCUCGGCAACAGCUGGACCGCACACUGCAGCCGAUGUCCUCUGACCCCCCCGCCCCCCCCAGCUGUCGUCUCCGAGAGGUCACAGGGACCGCGGUCGUCACCAUAGCAACACAGACACUUGACCUUUGCCCCACAUGUUCCUUUGCGGAGCCUUUGGGCGCUGCUGCUGAUGACCUAAAUCGAGACUUGUGGGUAACUCUUGAACUGAUGUGUUCAUGCGGGACCGCAAAUGUUCACCAUAGAACCACACCUGGAGAACACAUGGCAAAAAAAAAAGAAUGCAUACAAAAAUAUUUAUUUAUUUAUCGCGGAUGUAUGCAUUUGGUUUUCCAAAUGUGUGAAUUUCUAUAAAUGACAAAAAUCAAAUUAAAAAAAAACAAAAAACCUACCUCAGCAAAAACAAACAAAAACAGGUUGGUUAAACACCCCCCAUCGUUAUAAAUAGAAAUAUAUAUGAAAUAUUUAUUUUGUCUUUUUGAUUUUGAAAUUAUUUUUUUUUUAAGAACAUGAUCACCAAUCCAAAGCCUUACUCUGGCCCAGGGGCUGUUAAGUUUGGACCUACACAACCGCAAAGAAUGAGCCACUCUGAGAUUUCCAAGCGACAUUUAUGACAAUGUGUGCAAAGAUGAUUUAUUGACUCCCCAAACACUGCAGCGCACCUGUGGCCUGUCGUCUGAGCCCUAGUCUCAGCACCUUCCAAACACUUUGGACCUGUUCACCUGUAAGCCCCCGCGCACCUGACAGGAAGUUAUGACCUGUUUGUGGGGCGGGGGGAGCGAAUGUUCUCUGAAGUUCUUGCUAUGUCGAAAACUAGGGAUGGGCAUUGUAAAGAAAUAAUUAGUGGGUUUAUUAUUUUUUCCAGCCGGAGGAAAGGGCAUGAAAAUGACAAUACAAUGUGCUAAAUUCACUUGAUUUUUACAAAAUUUUUCUUUUUUUUUGAUAAUUUUUUUUAGCAUUUUUUAUUUUUUUUAUUUUUUUUAUUAAUAUGGACUUUACUUUUCAAAGAUGUCAUCGUUUUUGUCAUGACAUUAUUUUUUUUUAUGUGGAAUUUUAUUCUUUUUAUAAAUUCAAACUUCUUAAAAUUUGGAACUUUUUUUCUGACUGAUUAUACUUUUUUUUUUUUUUACAUAAUUAUGCUUUUUUUUUUUUUACAUAAAAUUCCUGGUUUAAUAAAAAAAAAAAGAAGUGAAUAUGACUUUUUCAUUUCAAAGAUUCAACUUUUUCCUGACUGUUUAGAGGGGUGUCAAACUCAUUUUGAUUGAGGGCCACGCCACAGUAAGUCUGCUUUCAGAAGGCCACUUAAAAAAAAAAAAAAAAAAAAAAAAUAAUAACCUGUUAUUAAUCAUGAUUAAUUGAAAUGCAAAUGCAUUUGAUUAUAAACAUUUUUUUAUAUUUAACUUGCUUUAAAAUUAUAAAUAAAUGGGACAAGCAGAUAUGUUUUUUUUAAUUUUACAAAAAUAGUUUUGCAAUACAGUAUAAUAGUAAUAUUAAAGUUUAAAAUAUGCAUUAUAUGAUUUUGUACUCUGAAAAUUGAAAGAAGGACCGCAUAUAGUAAAAAAUAAAAAACAUUUAAAUAAGUGUGUUUUUGAAACCCAUUUUUUCCAGGCUUUUGUGGGACACAUAAAAUGACGUGGCGGGCCAGAACUGGCCCCACGGGCCUUGAGUUUGACGGCCCUGGUUUAGACUUUAAUUUAUGAAAAUUGUAGCAUUUUUGCUGUAAAAUCACAACUUAUCUCAUACAUAACGUGUUUUUGUGCCCCCUAGAAGUUGACUUUUUUCAAAUAAAAAUCAUGUUUUUUUUUCUAUUAAUUAUCUAGACUUUUUUUUAUCACUUUUUUCUCGUAAACGUUUGACUUUUUUUCUCUUCUUAUGUUACACUUUUAUUUCAAAAAAAAAAAAAAUUUUACCAAGACAUUUUUUCAUAUUUGGCUUUAUUCUUAAUAUUUUUCCAUCUUUUUCCAGGGAUUAUUACUUGAUUCUGUCUAGAGCAGGAGUGAAAAACGUACGGCCCGAGGGCCUGAUCGAGGUUUUAUCCGGUCCGCGGGAUGAGUUUGCUAAGUAUAAAACUUUACCUGAAAUUUUGACUUAAAGAAACCGCUGUUCUUAAUGUGUCCACUGGAUGUCGCAAUAGCAAUUAUUUGUAUCUUUGUAGAUGAUGCUACAUAUGUACAAAAUAAACCACAUGAAAAUUAUCAAACUACAUAAUUUGAUUUUGAUAUACUUUUUUUUAUCUUGAUGGAUUGAAAAUUAACAACAAUGAGUUGACUGAUGAACAUUAUCCCAUAAUGUAUUCAGAGUACUAUUAACCGCAAUAGUUACUUGUAAAAAUGAACCCAACAACAUUAUGAUUGGUACAUUUUCAGAAUGUGCUCGUUUUAUGUUAUAAAAAAAAAAAGAAAACGAUCUGAAGUUGUCUUUAUUUUUAAGUUAUCGUGCCGUGAUUUUACCAGUCUGGCCCACUUGGGAAUAGAUUUUUCUCCAUGUGGCCCCCGAUCUAAAAUGAGUUUGACACCUCUGCUGUAGACUUUAUUCUUUGAAAAUUGUAGCAUUUUUUACUGCAAAAUCACGACUUAUCUCAUACAUAAAAUGUUUUGUGCCCCCAAAAUUUACUUUUUUCUAACAAAAUCAAGUUUUAUUUUCUACUAAUCAUUUUGACUUUUUUUUUUCGAGUAAAUGUUUUUUUCUUUUUUUCUCUUCUGAUAUUACAUUUUUAUUUUUAAAUAACUUUUUUUUUUUUUUACCAAAAAUGUUUUUUCAUAUUUGGCUUUAUUCCUGUUAUAUUAUUCCUGUGCAUACUAUUUGAUUGUGUCUAGCGGAUGAAUGAAAUGUUGUCAAAUGCCCAUCCCUAGUUGUAACUGGACAACACACACGCACACACACACAUAGUCACCUGUUGCCUCAUUGCGGUACCGAGCCAUGUGGUCAACUUGAGUCCAACUCACACCAGAGCCUCGCGCCGCCAUUUUUGGAAGCCUUGGUAGAAUCCGGCUGGCGGGGCGAAUGCAUAGUCUUGCACUUACAAACUUUUAGUGGAUUGUAAACACAAGACGUUUUGAAUGUAGUACAUGCUGCGUUCCGAGCUUGGGAACGCACAAACCCCUGAACGAACACCACAAAGUGCGGCGAAACAAACACACACACACACACACACAAAAAAAGGAUCCAAACCUGUAAGCUGUUGAUCUGAAUUCACUGGUACUUGGAGAGUGUAAAUAGUGUGAGGUUAGAAAUACGCCAAGUGAAAUAAGUUCUGCUGUUUUGAAGUGUACAUAGUUUGUGUUGGAGUGAUACAACAAAAGCACUAAUUAAGUUAUACGCGAACCACUUGUGGUCCGGCUCUGAUUUCUUCUUUUCUUCUGUAACACACAAGGAUAGUAUUGUCAAACACCAUUUUCUAUUUUUUUUUUUUUUUUUAUAAUGCUGGAACUCCACUGCAAAUUUGAAGAGAAACAAAGGAGUACUGAGGUACAAAAGGCAUAUAUGCAAUAUUUACAUUGAGUUUACUUACCAAGACGUACCAAAUGUACAAAUAUUGUCGAUACUGAUUUUGACUGUUUUUAUCGAAACCUUUUUUCAGUUUUUGUUUUUGCUAAUGGAGCCCAUCUGUGUUUUUUUGAGCAGUGUUGAUUGUUUUUUUUGCAUUCGGGUGGUGUAUCUUUCUAAAAGCAUCUAAAAGUUACUGUUGCUCACUUUUUUGCUGUGUUUUUUUCCCACUGUAAAUAUUUCACAUCUUGCAUAUUAUUAUUGUGACUAAGAGAUGAUAAUUUAAACUUACGUCUUUGCUUUAGAUUGUAUUGAUUCUUUGUAGACACAUGGAAUAAAUAUUAUUUAGGAAAA